CAUUAUCUGGACAAACAUGGCCUCUGGCUUCCAGUUAAUUCAACUAUAGGGGAGCAUUAGCAGCUAUCGGAGGGUGAAAGGAGGGACUGGUCAAGGUGUUUAUUCCUCUGCUAUUCCCUGUUCAAGGCAAAGUUUCUGUCAGACAGGACACAAAGUUUCGAUGAACACCCUCCCCCUAAUUCUUCAGGUCUAAGGGUAAUAAUAAGGGCUUCCCAAUGCAUAUUUUUGCCACCCUUUUUUGCUUCCCUUAAUCCUUCUCAAUAUUUUAUAAAAUAACAUCUUCCUUAAAUGCCCUUAGAUACCCUUGAGUGCCAUUUGUUUUUUUCUAUUACAAGGAUCAAUGAUUGAUCCAGUGAGACACUGAAACAAAAAAAGGACAUUGCAGAUUAUGGGGUUUACAGACUGUAAAUUAUUGAGACAUGAUCUUUGGCUGUAAGGAAAAAUGGCCAAUGAUAAUUAAAGUAUCAAAUUUGUCAAUACCAGUGCAAUAGUCACAGGAUGUGACAGAAAUGGCCAUUUGUCUGCUAAAUAAUUCAUGCUUUCUUUCUAGAGUGUAGUUGUCAUAGAAUGUUUGCUAGCCAGGCAAAAGCUAUUAUACAUUUAUCCAGCCCAACGUUUAGAUCCAAACAUGGGCAUUACAUUAGUGGAUGUGGAUGGGAUACAUGCUACUUCUAUGUUAUGGCUGUUAAGCAGCAGGGGUGGAUUUGCCACCUUCUCUUUUCCUUUCCAAUGGCUUGAAGUAGAGGACUACAAUGUUUCACAAGACAGAAGGAGCCCAGGAAUCAUUUGGAGGACCCACUGACUAGGAAUUGCUGAAGCUAAAAUGUUAUGUGAACAAGAAAUAUAAUUGUAUUGUGUUAAAUGACUGAUAUUUUGAGGUUUACUUGUCACAGCAACUGCAUUAGACUAAUAAAGUGCGUAUAUUUAUUUUAGGGAUACUAUCCCUUCCUAGCUCUUUUGUUUAAUGAUACACAGUGUUCUACAACUCCUUCCACCCUGGUUUGCCUAAACUGAGCUAUCCUCCUAUCUUUGCUACCUAGGUCAUCCCCAUGCUUCAUGAUCUACACCAAAUAUAAGUGCAGUCUUUUCACUUCCAUACUUUUCAUCUUAAUAAUAAUCUGAUAUGUUCACUUUCAACAUUUGCUACCUUUUAAAAACCAGAGCAAUUCACAUGUUCUAUUAUCGGCCAUUUUGAGUUCAGUUCCUUUCUCAUUUCCUCCUUUGACAAGUUGUACUUUGGCCUAAACUUCAUAAACUUCUACUUUCUGGAUGAAGAUGCAUUUAUUCUAUUCCUUAAACUUAAACAUAUUUUCCCAUUGGUGGGAAAAGUAACCAAUUUCAGUUCUUACACCAAUCUGCUCCUGACUGCAAGAGGAGUUGUUUGCCUCAGCUUCUUGUGGGGACUGUGUUACCUAUCAAAACAUUGCAGACAUGCAGGAGGAAGAAGUGUACACCUCCCUUGAGUGGGAUACUCCACUACCAAACGCUUACCAGAAACAUCUGUCUCCCACCAAAUAUUCAGCUCAUAACUGCAGCCCUUGUCCACACGACUGGAUUCAGAAUGGAGAAAGUUGUUACCAUGUCUUUCAAAAUUGGAAAGUUGCCAACAGUACAGAGGAUUGCUUGAAGGAGGGUUCUAAUCUUCUACAAAUAGGCAGCAAAGAAGAAAUGGACUUGAUCACCAGCAGCCUGAAGAAGAUCAGUGGUCAUGAACAUUGGGUGGGACUAUCUCAGGAUGGACUCACCUCACUGUGGCUUUGGCAAGGUGGCUUCUCUCCUUGCCCUGACCUGUUGCCAACACAGAGACCCAAAUCAACUCACCAGUGCUGUGGAUAUCUCAAAGACAAGUUUCUUUUUUUCUCUAACUGCACCAGUUGGAAGUACUUUAUCUGUGAGAAGUAUGUGUUAAGAUUCUCUACCUGUAAGAAAUUGUGCUCAAAGUGACCUAUUGUAAUAGUGUUUGGAACAGGUUGUUGGAAAACCUGCCACAAAAUGCCAAACAGCAAAUGCAGAAAUAACCCAAGGUGUGUGUGAGAGAACUCGCAACUUGGGAUUCAAACCUUAUGUUUGCAUUUACACUGGGUAAUGUUCUUCAAUAUUUGCCAGAUGUUCAUGUUAAUUUGGCAUUGUUCAAAUUGCCAAGAAUAAAAUUGACUCAAGAGUUAUAGAGGACAAAAUCCUGUAGGUUGAGAACAAAUGGAAGAAAAAUCAUUCCCAUAUGUCAUUUUUAAUUUUUCACUAUGUUUUUUUUAAGUCUAGAGAGACUAUAAAAACUCCACACAGAAAUCUAUAAAUCACUGGGGAGAUGAUGCAGUUGAUAUUUUCUUAAAUAAAUAAGGCCUUAAACUCACUGUCUGCCAGAUUUUUCUACACAUUUGCAGGCUCCCGGGCAUUAUGCCAUCAGACUAGUGGGAUGGGAGGACGAAGAUAUGGAUUUUCAAAUUGGAAGGAAAACAGGCUGCUUUCUGCUGUCUGUAAGACAGUAACCUUUUCAGUACUGCAUAAUUCUACCAGAGAGAUGAAACACCAUAACUCCACAUAAGUGGAAGGAAUAGUCUGGCUGCUAAUACCGACAUGUCUCCAGGGAGGACAGCUAUAAGCUUCCUUCCCCACUCUUACGACCAUCCCCACCACUCCCAAAUCAAAUGACUCACAACCUGGACUCUCAAGGUUAGUGCUUCAGCACUUCUAACUGCAUCUAUCUGUGCCUCAAUUUUUUCAUUGUAAAAUAAUAACAGGUCUGAUUUCAAAAUAUCUUUGAGGCUUAAAUCCUUAAUAUGUGUAAAUUGCUGAGAAUAUACCUUGCAUAGAGUAUUAUAGUGUAUCAGUGUUUGCUAUUCUUCUCUGGGAUAAAUCACCAAUCAUUAGGCAUCAACCUUAUAUGUGUAUUACAGACAAAAAUGACCCCUUUUCCUGCUCAUGUUAUGGGAAUAAUAAGAAGAUAAAGUUUAUAUGUAAAAUGUCAGCAACUAUCUAGAUACAAUAUCUGUUUUAAAGUGAAUGAAUCUCCUCAAAUAAAUUUAUAGACAACCUGUGUCCUAGGUUUUCAGGCUCCUUGAAUGUGGAUUAGCUCGUUCCCAAGAGACAAUGGAUAUAAAAGUAUCUUGUGAUCUAUAGGAAGCAAAAAUUCACUAAUUAUUAUUACAUUACUCUUCUAUACACUUACCAUCCCUAGAAGAACUUACUACACUGUAGGUUCUCAUCAAAUAUUUGCUAAAUUCAAUAUAAUCUUAUUUAACCUUUCAGUUUUCUCAAAGAUUAGCUGAGCUACACUAGAGUCUCAUCUUUCUUUAUACUAAAGACACCACUUAAUUAAAUAAAGUAAAAUAAAACCUAAUUUAGAAAAACAGUGAAAAAUCACUUAAAUGAAUCUAGAAGUCUAUCAUAGUAAGUGACCUCUGAAGGAUUUUGUGAGGUAUUUUUGUCUGUUCGUUUCCUCUUGACCUGGAGUUAAAAUGGUGGGGAUUGCAAUAACAGGGAUUUCGAUAAAAGGGGAUUUUUCUCUAGUUUUCUGAGGAAAGUAGAAAAGGAGAAGAGCAAAACAGCAUAAGUUGUCUCCUGUGUUUGGUUUUCACAGCUGGCAGCUGGCAGCUGGCAGCUGAAUAUAAUAACCUGGAAUGAAAGAGAAACAAUGGCAAAUUUUAACAGUAAAGACUGUUUGUCUUCAAGGCUCUCCAAAGUAUUGUCAUGGAGCUAUGUUUAGAGAAAGGAUAGGAAGCAUUUAAUAACUCUUUUUAGAAAAAGUACAAGGAAGCAAAAGGCAAACAUCCUUCAGCUGAUGUCACCCCACCAUUAUGUGAUGCUGUGUUUACAAGUCAGAAUUUUAUCUCCAGUGCAGCUGGCAUAAGCACCUACAAAUUCCAUCAGUGGCAAUAUUGCUUUCCACACAGAUAUUAUGAGUAGAAAAUUUUCUUCCUGUAAGUUGCUUUUGGCCCAGAAUAUCAAGGCCUUUUCAAGGCAGUGGGAAGAGGGACUGAGCCUUAGCACUGGGACAAACAGUUUUAUAUCCUAGUCCCUCCGGGAAUCAAUUGGGUAUCUUGAUUCAUCUCAUUGAGUUCCAAGUUAACUUUAAAAAUAUGAAAAGGAAACAUACAACUGUGUCCUACAUAACAUAAAGGCGCUUUGUUAUGUGCUCUGGUUAAAGUACAUUAAGUGUGUAAAAAGAACAUUAGAAGAGUGAGAUUUAUAGAAUAAUAGUAUUAUUAGAUUCUAAAAAUCUGUUCAUACAGUGAACCUCCUUAAAAAGCUAUGUACUCUUUAAACACAUUAUGCUGCUUUUUGUAUUCUUCAAAAAUGGCAAUAAUCCCUUUACAAAGUAUUUGACUCCUAGAUAUGAAGGCCUACCCUGAGGCAACCUAUUAGACUUUUCUACUUAUUUCAUGAUCUGUUUAUAUCCCCGAAGUUAAAGCUCCCACUGCACUCCUCAUACUUCCUGCUGUUACAGGGCUCAUGACCUGUUUCCUGUUGAUAAGUUUUAAGAACUGGUUCAAUAUCCUCAGGAAAAGAAAUAGCUCAUUGUGUACCCUGGGGAACUCAGAUCUACCAAGAAAGGCCAUGUUCCUCGUUUGACUUUUCCUGCAAUUUCUUCAGAGGAACCUAAACACAUGACAGCCCAGAAGAGAAAAGUUUUUCUCUUCCUGAAAAACUAACUCAUGGAUGCUGCCUUCUCUGAUUCUCAAUGGAAAGUUGUUCUCAGCAAGUCAUAUUUUCAAAUUCAUGUUAUGAUUAUUUUCUAUUCAUUUUUUUUUCAUUUGUGGAGAGAAGGUUGUGCCAUAUUCUUUCGCUGUUCUUUUGAAAUAAUUGCUCAUAUUGUUAUCAGUGGGUCCUGCUAUACAGAUGAGGGGAUUAUUGAGGGCAAAGAUGGAGGGAAAGAAGCUCAAGAAUAGCCAAAAAUGUUAAAUAAAUGCUAUUUUUUUUCCUUCCUCACCAUCUAAAGUAACAUUUUCCCUUAGGUGGCAGAUUUGAAGAAAGGAUACUAUUCAACACCCAGUCUCCAGGCAGCUAGACCUUUAAAGCAAUGUCGUUUAAAGAGGCAUUUGUCAUCCAACCCUGAACUAGAUGAUAGUUAUGUAGGAUGCCAAGGGUCAAAAUUUGUGUGCAUUGUCUUCAUUUUACAAGUUAGUCCGCAAAGUCAUUUGACUUUCUCAUAUGAACCACAUUUUCUUUCUGUAGUAGCAGUGCUUAAAUAACACUUAAUUGCUUGACAAAAAGCUUAAUCCACAUUUAUAGGUAUGUGCUUAUUACAUUAACUGUGUGCAUUAAAUAUCUGCACCCACCCUAGAAAAUAUUUUAUAAUAUCCGCAGCUCCUCAUUGUUGGUAUCUCUCUACAAUUUGCUCAUGAAUACAGGUCUCCAAAGAAGGUUGUUUAUGCUCAUUUGUGCUCCCCUAUUUUUAAAAAUAAUCACUAAAUCCUCUCUCCCCUUUUAAACAUAUUUUAAUAUUCUUUAAAUUUUGUAUUACUAUUUAGCCUAUGAAACUAAUUUCACAUAUACCUCACUUCAGCCAACAGUUACACUGUGAGAAAAUUAUAAAUAUUUCCACUUUAUACUUAAUGGAAUAAGCUUCUGGAAGUGAAGUUAUUUUUUUGCAAUAAUACAUGAAAAUAAAGGGUCUAAAACUCUCAAUUUGUGAUCACAAUGAAGUUCUCUUUGCAUAACACAAUAAAUCAACACAAAAUUUGCUCAACAUUGAAAAAAUUUCCUAGCUAAUCAACAAAAACGUCUUAAGGAAAAAAUAUACAACUAGUGAUUGAUAAGUCACACAGUCUUAUGAAAAUAAAUACAAAAGUGUUCUCUUUAUCAUUUGUUUGCUAACUUAAUGUCAUGUCACAUGAGAUAGAUGCUUACUGAAAAUAAAUAUAAGAACCCAAGUUCUCACUGUUGAAAAUAAAGAUUUAUAAUAAAUUAUCCUUCCUACUGUUAACCCCCUCAAAUUGAUUUAUCUAUAAACUCACAAAGCCAGUGUUUGUGAUGGCGUUAUUGGCAACGACCCCUGUUACAGUUGUGCACAUUGUCAUCCUGAGAAAGGGACAGCUACACAAGAUACCAGCUAUGUAUACAAACGUCAGUCACUCCCUUUCGUGACCUGAGUGGGUAACAUGCCCUAUUGCAAUUUGAAUUUACUCAUCUUUAGCCAUGUAUUGAUGACAUAAAGAGUCAAAGGAUUUCAUUUUAGGAAACUAUUAAAACCAUCCUCUUAAGGAAAAAAAUGCAUCUCAAAGACUUCUUAUUUUCUUAAAGUAAUCAAAUAAUCAGUACUCUUUCUAGAGUCCCUACAACCUCUCAGUAAGGGACAAACCACCAAAAUAUUAACUGCUGUCAUAUUUUGAAGAGCAUUUCCACACUGAAUUUUUCCCCAAAUCACAAGUCCAUUCUAAAAUCACAUACAGUUCACAUUAUUUACAUUUAUUAUUAUUAAAUAUUUAGUACCUGCAAGGUAUAAACAUGGAUUGAAUGGAAGAAAAUAGGAACUGAACCCAAACUAUUCCAGAUGCACAUACACAGACUGACUUUUUCUAGUGUUCAUUCUCUCUAAAUGCAGCAUCAGGAACAGUAAUUCUGAUAUGGAAUUGAGCUGAGAAUAUUUCUUUCCUAGAAGAAACACCUAAAGAAAGGAGACAAUCAUUGAAUCUUAAAUGGACAGUGGGAGGUAUGUCUUUAAGAAGUUAAGAUACUAAUAAAGAGAAUUAGUCCAGUGGGAAGCAGGCCAUAGACAUGGCAGAUGGGACCUUUAUUCAAAGAUUGAGAAGGAAAAAAACACAUAUAUGAACUAAAGAAAACAAAAAGAAUAAGUUGUGUAUUUGGUAGCACAGUAUAAGGACUGAUUGGUAAUUUCUCAUGGACUAUUUGACUGUUGGAGCAAAGAGUGUUACAUACACUUAUUUCUUUGCUUUAAGUUUCUCACUUCUCCAAAUUUUAAGGUGGACAUGAAAACAGGGAGAUGAUAUGAGAUGCUGAGAGGGAAGAACACUAGAAAGUUAUCUCAAAGUCAAGAAGAUGGAUUACAACUAUAUGGGUUUCUGGGGACACUUGGUGAUACAUAAAUAAGACUUCUCUGCGACUAAUAAAUAUGUGCAUGAAGUCAAGUUCAGAAGUGCUGGUGAUCCUGAGCAGGAAAUAUGAAAAUCCUUCUUGUGCCAGCCAGAGGGAUUGCCUUUCCUGGUUUUUCUUUUUCUUUUUCUUUUUUUUGCUUUUGUGUUUUCUACUUCCCAAUGUCUCAGUAUCCCUUGCAUUGACAUUACUUGGCUCAAUCUUUUUGUUCAAUUGUUGUAUAAACAUGGAUCAAA